GAUGAGCUGACAGCUUCUUUUUUUUUUUUUUGUUGUUGUGCGAUACUUUUUUCAAUUACGUAAUGCUUCUUUCAACGGUUUACAUCAACUAAUGAUCUUCAUCAUAAACCUUGAAUCCCAGUUGGUGUCGUACUUGCUUGCGUUGGCACUCCGCACCCACUUUGCCCGGGUGCCCCAGUUGAAGAUUGUUGUAUUAGAACAUGAUUCUAAAAAUCACGAUUUUAAACCGUGGUGUGGAAUAAAUACCUUCAAUAAUUAUCAUUUCGUUAAUGAUAAUACCAUAGCUAGUUUACUAAGCUUGUUACUCGGUAAUGAUUUUGAUAUCCAUCGAAUGGACUCGGUCCGCUUGAAGCCGUUGCCGGCAGCCAACUUCAACAUGGAUAAACCGUUGAAUGAACUAAUGGAAAUCAAGCUAUCAUAUAAUAAUUAUUUGGGUUUGAUCUACCAUCCAAUUCUAAUUGUAAACAAGUUAAGGACGUUUUUGAUAAAUUCAAAUAUUGUCCUUACCACCGUGUGGAACAAUGGCCAAUUUUUAUCCCAAAUGGCGGGCACUUACCCUCAAGACCAAAUCAUCCAGUUGAAUUCAAAUAUCUUCACCUAUAAUAAUCUCAUGGUUAACUCCAAUUUAACCCAGGUAGUCUACCAAAAUGUCUUUUCGAAAAAACCUCCAUCCUCGCUACUAUGGAUUCCGAAGUUCAAAACUGGCUUAGGGAAAUCAAAUUUCGAAAUUAACGUCCAUCGCUCGGGCAAACUCACCCAUAUUAAUUUACUCAUUUCAAAUCAUCUUGAUCUUGAUCUAUACCAAGUCUUUAAAAUGAUCGACAUUUACUUGAACUCGCUAGAUCAGUUAUCCCUUUCCGGUGACUUGAAUCUCAAUUUUGCUAAAUUUUAAUACACUUUAUGCAUUGACAAAAAUAUAUAUACUG